AUGCAUCUCCGGUGUGGGGAAAAGAAUCUUUGGACUUUUGCUCUUCAAGGAAAGCAAGUUCAAGCAGAACAGCAUCUGUGUCUACUAACCGUUCUCCUUGGUGUUCAGAUAAUCAAGUCUGCAUUGAAGCUUUUCUUGUGGACUAAAGCCCUUGUUCAGAGAAACAAAGGAAGGCAGCAACUGCUUGUCAUGAACACCUGUACCUACAACCCUAACAGCACAGUGCAGGAGAAUGUCAAGCUCUUUGAACAGAUUGUUAACAUCCCUGUUUUCUGUUUUGGAGUCAUUUUUAAUGUCUUUGCUUUCUGGGUGUUCUGCUUCAAAUUGGAAAAAUGGACAGAAACCAGAGUGUACAUGAUCAACUUAGUCAUUGCAGACUGCUCUCUGCUUUUUACUUUGCCUUUUGUGAUGUAUUUUCAAUGGAAUGACUAUCCCACAGAUAACCUCUGCUUAGCAAUACAGACAAUAUUUUUCACAAACACACCCAUGAGCAUCAGUAUUAUCACUAUCAUAGCAGUGGAUCGAUACAUUGCAAUAAAGUACCCCCUAAAAGCAACUACUUUACGGUCCCCAUUGAGGUCAGCUGCUCUCUGUGCAGUACUUUGGAUAAUCAUGGCAAUAUAUGCUUACUUCAACCCUCGAUUUCAAAAAGGAAAGGAAAAAUUUUGCUUUCAGAAAAGAUCUUCUGAACCCCUCUACAUAGCACUAUUCUCAAGUAUUGUGGGUUACUUUAUUCCCCUAGGAAUCUUGAGCUUUUGUUCUAUACAAAUCAUCAGGUGUCUCAAGAAGAAGAUAAAUGCAACCCCUCAUGAAGAAAAGUUGACCCAGAAAGCCCUCUACAUUGUCUCUGUGAACCUGAGUGUAUUUAUUAUAUGUUUUUUGCCUUUUAAUAUUGGUCUGCUUCUUAGCUUUGCAGUGGAUGUAGUUGGAGUUGUAUGCAACACACGACUAAAGAUUAGAACUUUUAUUCGUGUGGCUGCAUGUGUAGCAAACAUUAAUUGCUGUUUAGAUGCCCUUUGUUAUUACUUUGUAGCCAAAGAAUUUCAGGAAGCUUCUGCUGUGUUCUCCAUUUUUAAGUCUCUGCAGUUUAGGACAAAUCAAAGCCAAGAGACAGAGCAAGUGAACAUGUAAAAAUGUAUGAUACAGGCAAUUCCAGAGCUAGGAAAAGAUCUUAUUCUGCCUUUUGGGCAUCCAUGUAAGUGAUAUUCAAAUAUUUGAGUGUGACUCCA